GCUAGUAUCCAAGAACCUUUCAACACAAUUCACCAGACAGGUCUCUUCUCCAUAAUCAAUCUUGUUACUAAUCUUGGUGAUACAUUUAUCCCAACAGAGAUUAGUAAAAGUGUGAAUAAAUUGCUAAAGAUACAUUUUGGUAUUCUCUUCUUUGAGAAAUUUGAUAUUGCCAAUUAG